AUGGGCCUAACGAAGGAUACACUUGACAUGGUGCGAACACAUGUGCAUGUAAUUAUUCAUGCGGCAUCUUCAAUCAACCUUGCUAAACCUCUUGCCGGUCUGUUCGAUGUCAUCAUUCAGGCCAGUGAUAUGAUUGGUGGCUUUGCUCUCUCAUGUCCAAAGCUUGACUGGUUUGUAUAUGUCUCCACAGCAUACGCGAACGGUCACCUCGGCCCUUCAGGUCACACUAGUGACAUUGAAGUCGAUGAGAGAAUAUAUGAUCCGGGCAGCUCAGCGAGUGUCAUAGAGGAAUUAUCCGAGGUUGAAAAACACGGCACUAGCAAGGUGUAUGAGGCGCAUGAUUUCCCUUGGCCAUACGCGUACGCUAAGAACUUGACUGAGCGACUCCUCGUUCGGCGCUUUCAAGACCAUAGGGCGACGAACAAGUUGCUUAUGGUUCGUCCAUCGAUUAUCGGGCCUUCCCAAAGUGUACCAUACCCCGGCUUUUGUCUCCCUCUAUCCGCUCCAUUGCUUAUGUUCGCGACUGGGAUGGCAUUGAGCACGUCGCGGGAUAUGCGCAUUGGAACAAACUUGACCGACCCUGACUCACAGGCAACCUUGGAUGGAGUCCCUGCUGAUGUCGUCGCCGACCGACUUAUCACCCACGUUGCUGCCAGUACAACUGGCUGCAUCCAUGCUGUGAGCGGCGAGAGGGCAAGAUAUAAAACGCGCGACGUCUGGGAGCAAGCAAUGCAAUUCCGGCCGAUCCCCUGGGAUCUGAAACUGGUGUGGGAUCCAAAUGGUUGGCGGUCUCCGAAUCAGCAUUUUCUAUGUCGUCGGUAUAACCUACUUGGAGUCUCAUAUGCCUUCUCGGAAAGGCGAACUGUGAAAUUAUCAAACGCUCUCUCACCCGAAGAACGUAAAGAACUUCAGCUCUUCAGCCGAGUCAAAGUAAGCGAGCUCUUGCCGAAACAAGUGCAACACUUUCGCUAUAUUUUUGACCGCACGGCUCCAAAAGAUGAAAAGGCGUGGCUAGCCACGACAACCUCUGACCACAGGUUUGGAGACCAUCAAAGAGUCAUCGCAUAG